AUGGUUGAACAAACUAUUAACGGUCUGCCAUCGUUCGCCUCCACUGAGGCCGACACUGACUAUGGUUUCGUCCAGUCCGUCUCUGGUCCAGUCGUCAUUGCCAACAAGAUGUCUGGUGCUGCUAUGUACGAGCUGGUUCGUGUAGGAAAGACAGAGCUGGUCGGUGAGAUUAUUAGAUUGGAGGACGACACUGCCACCAUUCAGGUGUACGAGGAGACUGCCGGUCUCACCGUCGGUGACCCAGUGCUCAGAACCCGCAAGCCACUCACUGUCGAGUUGGGUCCAGGUAUCAUGAACAACAUCUUUGACGGUAUUCAGAGACCAUUGAACGCUAUUGCAGAGAUUACAAAGGGCAUUUACAUUCCACGUGGUAUCAACACUCCAUCGUUGGACAGAACUAAGAAGUGGCCAUACGAGCCAGCUCACGGCAUUAAGGUCGGCGAUUUGGUUACAGGUGGUGAUAUCUUUGGAAAGGUCGUUGAGAACAACCUCAUCGUUCACUGGAUCAUGGUGCCACCAAAGGACAUGGGUAAGGUCGUCGAGGUCACCCCAGCCGGCGAGUACACUCUCGACCAGCCACUCCUCACCAUCGAGUUCCAGGGUCAGCUCAAGAAGCUCACAAUGGUCCACCAUUGGCCAGUGCGUUCUGCACGUCCAUCCAUCGAGAAGAUGCCAUGUAACUACCCACUCUUGACUGGUCAGCGUGUCUUGGAUGCCUUGUUCCCAUGUGUCCAAGGAGGUACCUGUGCUAUUCCAGGCGCUUUCGGUUGUGGAAAGACUGUGAUUUCCCAGUCACUGUCCAAGUUCUCCAACUCUGACGCCAUUAUCUACGUCGGUUGUGGUGAGAGAGGUAACGAAAUGGCUGAGGUGCUCAUGGAGUUCCCAGAGUUGCACACCAAGAUCGGUGACAAGGAGGAGCCAAUCAUGCAGCGUACCUGUCUGGUAGCCAACACCUCCAACAUGCCCGUGGCUGCCCGUGAGGCCUCCAUCUACACCGGUAUCACCCUCGCCGAGUACUUCCGUGAUAUGGGCUACAACGUGGCUAUGAUGGCUGACUCGACCUCGCGUUGGGCUGAGGCUCUUCGUGAGAUUUCCGGUCGUCUGGCUGAGAUGCCUGCCGAUUCCGGUUACCCCGCCUACCUUGGUGCCCGUCUGGCCUCUUUCUACGAGCGUGCCGGUCGUGUCCAGUGCAUUGGUCACCCAUCGCGUAUCGGUUCCGUUUCGAUCGUCGGUGCCGUGUCACCACCAGGUGGAGAUUUCGCCGAUCCGGUCACCUCUGCCACCCUUGGUAUCGUCCAGGUGUUCUGGGGUCUCGACAAGAAGCUGGCCCAGCGUAAGCAUUUCCCAUCGAUCAACUGGCUGAUCUCUUUCUCCAAAUACAUGAACGCCCUCGACUCUCAUUACGAGACUCUCGACGCCGAGUUCGUGCCACUCAGAACCAAGGCCAAGGAGAUUCUGCAGCUCGAGGAGGAUCUCUCUGAGAUCGUGCAGCUCGUCGGUAAGGACUCGCUCGGCGAGUCUGAGAAGAUCACCCUGGAGGUCGCCAAGAUCAUCCGUGAUGACUUCUUGCAGCAGAACGGUUUCACACCAUACGACAAGUGCUGCCCAUUCUACAAGACCAUCUGGAUGCUCCGUAUCAUGAUGACCUUCUACAACCUCGCCCAGAAGGCCGUCGAGAUGUCCACCCCCGACCACAAGGUCACCUGGAAUCAGAUCAGAAACGAGAUGCAGGACAUCAUUUUCAAGAUCACCUCUAUGAAGUUCCAGGACCCAACCGAUGGAGAGGCUGCUUUGAAUGCUCACUACAACUCACUCAUGGAGGAGAUCAAGACUGCUUUCACCAACUUCAGAGAGGAGUAA